GCGUGUAUUUUUAUGUAACACGCUGGCACGCGCAAUUAAGGGUCUCCUUGUGGAGCUGCUGGGCUUCAGUACCAUGCCGCGCGCGCUUUAGCGCGGAGAGGUUCGGUUCGGUCCAGUCGGGAAUCCGGUUCAUCCGUAGAAGGGAAAAGAUGUCGAUUGAAGAGCCAGAGCAAAGCUGUGGGGACGGAGCGGGUUUCUUUAUGCUGUCCGCCAGCGAGCGGCUCGGGCUGGAACACAAGCGGCUGACGGGGGCGCUGGACGCUUUGUUCCGAGCCGUGAGGUGCGAGUCCGAGUCCGAACCCGAGUCCGUGCGACCCGAACACAUCAGCGCUUUAGUGGAAGUCAUCGUGCGCAACUUGAGGAAGAAGGAGCCCUGUGUUCCGUGGGCGCGGGGCCGAGCGCCGGAGCGGGAGCUGGACUGCCCCGGCUGUCAGCACUUCAUGGCGGAGCCGCUGACCGCCGCGUGCGGACACUCCUACUGCAGGAGCUGCCUGCAGCGCGCCGGUCUGUCCGAGUGUAAGCGGUGCCGUGAGGAGCUCGGGCCCAAACACCUGCUCCGCGCGAACGUGCUGCUGUGUGGACUCUUAGAGAAAUGGUUUCCGGAGGAAGUCCGCAAAGCCAAGAGGAGCGCGGAGGUGCAGGAGCUGCUGAGGAGCAAACACCUGAGCCGAGCGCUGGCCUUAGCAACACCGCUACUGCACUCCGACCCCAGUAAUAUCAGACUGCGAGUGUGUCGAGCUGAAGCGUAUCGCCAUUUGCAGCAGUAUCAUCACGCUCUGGAAGACUUUGACGUGUGCAUGAGUAUCGCUCCGUCUGUUGAGGUGGUGUUCUGUAAGGCUAAGCUGUUAAAGGAAAUGGGUCGAAUGGAUGAGUCUGUAAAACUCUUCCUCCAGUGUCUUUGUGUGGAUCAGGACUUCCAGGAGGCCAGACAGGAAGUAGAAAAUAUCCUGUGUGAUCUCCUGCUUCCGACGUGUGAGAGUGUGCAGACCCUUGAGGAGAGUUCGGAGCCCUCGGGGCUAAUCCGAGCUCAGUCUUUACGGGCUCAUGUGGUGGGCGGAGCCAGAGGAGAGGGGCUGAAGAGGGUAAGCUCCGCCCCUCAGCUGGGAGAACAGGGUGCACUGCUGAAGAGGAAACUGUCCAGAUUGGAGGCGGGGCCUGAAGGGGUGGAGAACAGUGACUCCAAACACAAAAAACACGGAGUGAGUGCUGCAGCACCGGUGUGUAGUGAUGAAGGUAAACUCCACCCCAGCGUCCCGAGAGAGCUGCUCGACCCCACGGACUUUGAGUGCUCACUGUGCAUGAGGCUGUUCUAUGAGCCGGUGACGACGCCGUGUGGACACUCGUUCUGUAAGAACUGCCUGCAGAGGAGUUUAGAUCACAGCCCUCAGUGUCCUCUGUGUAAAGAGAGCCUCAGGCUGUACCUGGCCUCUCGGCGGUUCUCCAUCACACGUGUGCUUGAUGACAUCAUUAAGCGUUACCUGUCUGAGCAUCAUGCCAGGAGACAAAAGAUACACAACGACGAAACAAAAGAGCUCUCAGAUUUAGAGAAUAAUGUUCCAAUCUUCGUGUGUACGAUGGCGUACCCCACCGUCCCCUGCCCGCUGCACGUGUUUGAGCCUCGGUACCGCCUCAUGAUCCGCCGCUGCAUGGAGACUGGAACCCGACAGUUCGGCAUGUGCAUCAGCGACACACACAAAGGGUUUGCGGAUUUCGGCUGCAUGCUGCACAUUCGUAAUGUGCACUUUCUGCCAGACGGCCGCUCGGUGGUCGACACAUUUGGAGGGAAACGGUUCCGUGUUCUCACACGCAGCAUGAGGGACGGGUACUACAUCGCCAACAUCGAGUACCUGCAGGACCAGAGAGUGGAGGGUAAGGAGGAACUGCAGCUGCAGGAUCUCUAUGAUCAGGUGUAUAAUCAGGCGAGUGUGUGGUUUCACGCUCUGGAGAACCGAUUCAGGAACCAAAUACUGCAGCACUUCGGACCCAUGCCUGAGAAAGAGAAUGAUAUACAGUCCAGUCCGAAUGGUCCAGCGUGUUGUUGGUGGUUAUUAGCGGUUCUCCCAGUGGAUCCUCGUUACCAGCUCUCGGUUCUCUCCAUGACCACGCUCCGAGAACGUCUGGUUAAGAUCCAGCACAUCCUCACGUACUUACAGAACGCGCAUCCUGAGUAGAGCGAACACGCACAGCCUGACUGUGUUUCCUUAUGCAGUAGUAACGUUGUGCCGUUCUUCGUUAGCACAGACAGUACUGAGGUGAGUGUGUGUUGUGACUGAAACAAAUCCCAAAUGCUGAUUUUUUUUUUUUUUUUUUUUUGUCAUUUAUUUGUAAUAAAAACAAAACUGAGUUUACACUUAAACCUUCAAGCUCAGAUAAAUAAAAAUAAGGUGGAGAUUAGAUGGAGAUUAGACAGAUGUGUAGAAACGUGUUAGAGCCUGACCAAGUUUGUAAUCCUGUCCCUGAUAUCAGUUCUAAGGAGCAUACAGUCUGCUCUAGAAUUAUUGGCACCCUUGAUAAGAUUAUGAAGAGAAAUAUAAUUCUGAAAUGUAGCUGAACGUUCGGAACAGUGAUCCAUGACCACCCGUUUCCCCGGGGUGUAAAUGUGUCACAGUGCCAAUAAUUCUGAUGCUGUGCAGUGUGUUCUGGCCCCGGGUCACCUGCAGAUCAGGAGCAUGUCGUAUUUAGUGUUAGUGUGUGUUUAUAUUACAGUACAGCUGUUCGCACACGGCUCCGGGUGUAAAACAUUUUCACGCACACGGACUCUGCUUCCUGUGAUGAGCGCCGUUGAGACCUGUAAGGAGGGUCAGGUGGUUCAUAUACAGUACAAAAGGCAAAUAUUUAUUUAAAAGGACUCGAGCAGUGUUUAAUCGGCGUGAUUUCACUGCUGCUGCAUGGUGAUGUUCAAGCUGAAACAUUCAAGACGGCUGAGUUAAUCUGCUCGCGGGUCCGUCACGUCCUGAUCACUCGGUCACGGAAAACAUGCAGCUUCAGUUCACAGACGCAACAGUGAGUGUUAAUAUGACCCGGUUUCAUCAGGAGGAACAAUAAUAAUAAUAAUAAUAAUAAUAAUAAGGGAAGAAAAGAAAAUGGAGAACUUUAAGGCUUAAUUUUAUCAGAACAAUAAGAGCAGCAUAUUAAAGGGCUCCUCCUGAGGAUUUACUCGUGUGUUAAGUAAAAGUAGUCGUGGAUUUCAACAGUCAAACUUUCAUUUUCGGAGACCAAAUA